AGGAAGGUUGUCUUACUUUCUCUUUACGAUCACGAAGAUGGCAGACGCGGCGGUGGGAGAGGGAGAAAAUAAACUCAGCAAAAAUGAGCUGAAGAGACGGAUGAAGGCCGAGAAGAAGGCGGUGGAAAAGGAGGCCAAAGUCAAAGAGCAGGUGGAGCAGAAGAAGCAGACCGAUGACAAGGUGGAGCAGGACCUCUACAGCACGGAUGAGGAGACCUUAGACCCCAACCAAUACUUCAAGAUUCGCACUCAGGCCAUCCAAGCGCUUAAGGGCACGGCUGAGGACCCCUACCCCCAUAAAUUUAAUGUUGACCUGUCACUCACAGACUUCAUUGAAAGAUACAGCCACUUGCAGCCUGGGGACCAGCUGACGGAUGUUGUCCUCAGUGUGUCUGGUCGCAUUCAUGCCAAGAGGGCCUCGGGUGCCAAGCUGCUGUUCUACGACCUGCGAGGGGAAGGGGCUAAGCUGCAAGUGAUGGCCAGUUCCAAAAGCUACAAGUCAGAGGAAGAGUUUGUGCGCAUCAAUUCUAAACUGCGUCGUGGUGACAUCAUCGGUGUCCGUGGUAACCCUGGGAAGACCAAGAAAGGCGAGCUGAGCAUCAUUCCCAUUGAGAUGACCCUCCUCUCCCCCUGCCUCCACAUGCUGCCUCACCUUCACUUUGGCCUCAAGGACAAGGAAACACGUUUCCGCCAACGCUACCUGGACCUGAUCCUCAAUGACUAUGUCAGGCAGAAGUUUGUGACACGAGCCAAGAUCAUCACCUACCUGCGCAGCUUCCUCGACGAGCUGGGCUUUCUGGAGAUUGAGACUCCCAUGAUGAACCUGAUCCCUGGGGGGGCCGUGGCACGGCCCUUCAUCACCUACCACAACGAGCUGGACAUGAAUCUGUACAUGAGGAUCGCUCCCGAGCUGUACCACAAGAUGCUGGUGGUCGGAGGGAUUGACCGUGUCUAUGAGGUUGGGCGCCAGUUCCGAAACGAGGGCAUCGACCUCACCCACAAUCCCGAGUUCACCACCUGUGAGUUCUACAUGGCCUACGCAGACUACAACGACCUGAUGGAGAUCACAGAGAAGCUGCUCUCAGGUAUGGUCCAGCACAUCACUGGUGGCUACAAGGUGACCUAUCACCCGGAUGGACCAGAGGGCCAGGCUUACGAGAUUGACUUCACCCCCCCAUUCAAGAGGGUCAGCAUGGUGCACGACCUGGAGAAGGAGAUGGGCGUGAAGUUCCCCGCUCCGGAAACCUACGACAGUGAUGAGACCCGCAAGUUCUUUGAUGAACUGUGUGCCCAGAAAGGAGUGGAGUGCCCCCCUCCCAGAACCACCGCCCGCCUCCUAGAUAAGCUUGUUGGAGACUUUCUGGAAGUCACCUGCAUCAACCCCACUUUCAUCUGUGACCACCCCCAAAUAAUGAGUCCUCUGGCCAAAUGGCACAGGUCUCAGAAAGGGCUGACCGAGCGCUUUGAGCUCUUUGUGAUGAAGAAGGAAAUCUGCAAUGCCUACACCGAGCUGAACGACCCCAUCAGGCAGAGGGAGCUCUUUGAGCAGCAGGCUAAGGCCAAGGCUGAAGGGGACGACGAGGCCAUGUUCAUCGACGAAACCUUCUGCACAGCUCUGGAGUACGGCCUCCCGCCCACCGCUGGCUGGGGCAUGGGCAUUGACCGCCUCACCAUGUUCCUCACAGACUCCAACAACAUCAAGGAAGUCCUGCUUUUCCCUGCAAUGAAGCCUGAUGACAAUAAGGCGACCCUACCUACUGAAGGCACUUCUGUCUAACAACUUGACCCCUAGUGACCCCAGCCUUCAGAGAAAUCACUGUAGAUCUGUAGAUGGAUCACUUUGUUUUGUUUGGGGGUCUGUUGUUUUGUCCCUUGUCCUGUUAUCCCAUGUGGACUGUAUGUGGGGUGAAAAGGAUGGGUGUUUUCUAAGUGGGGUAUUUGGAGAUGCCUUUUUAAAAUGUAUUUUUCCAAAAUGACCAAAUAAAUGGC